AUGCCCAAGGUGGAGACUAGCUGUAAAUCCGAGAAGGCUAAUGAUGAACUACUUGUCCAAUGCUUAAAUAGGUUUGCAGAAAUGCAACAACAGUUUGCUUCCGUAGCCGCAGAAGAGAUUCCACCGCGAGAUCUCGGGAACACUCCAAAACGACUGACGUUAGCAGAAAUGCAAGAACGAUACUCUAAGGGUCUUUGCUUUAUUUGUGAUGCUAAAUAUGGGUCGGGACACUGGUGUCCAGCCAAACAGUUUCUUCUCUUGAAGCAUGAGACUCUCCCGCAAGGAUGUCUCGACUUGGGUUCUUCAUUUGUGGAGGAAGAGGCACCCCAGGGGUUGAGGAAGAACCUUUUAGUUUAG